GUCAAAAAAUUUUUUUUAACCUGCCUGGAAGAAGAACAAUUCUUCACAGAAAUAGGAUCACAAAAAGAAGUUAAAACGAAAAAAUCAUGGCCUUUGCCGGUUCUGGCAAUGAUUCUUCUGCUGCCGGGAAUUUUACAAAAUGGCUAAAUGAUAAACUUCGUCAAUUAAAUACAGACGAAAGUGUCUUUGGUUCUUAUAUCACUGGAAUUCUCGAAGACGACGAAACAAUUGAAGAGAAAAAAGAUGCCCUCGAGGGUAUCCUUGGUGAGAUUAUUGACAACAACAUUGAAGAAGUUAUUGAAGAAAUCCUAAACAAAUGGAAUGAAUGUCAUCCGAAGGAAAAAGACGAUUCCAAACCCAAAUUAAAAGUCGACGUUGAUGUCCAAUUGGCCAAAAUGCUCGAAUCUCAGAAACUGCAAACCACCGUACAACGUCAAUAUACAGCUGAUGAAUUAAGAAUCCGUGAACAGAUUUUAGCUCAAUACAGUCAGACUGAGAUUAGCGAAGAGGAAGAUGCUGACGAACCUGAUGAAAAGGCCAGUACAGCUGGACUUCAAAAGAACACCAAUGUCCACGAUGUCAUACAACUGCAGAAGGAACGUCGUGAACAAGCCCGCUUGGACAGUCAAAAGAAGAAGGAAAAGGACAAGGAGGAUCGUGAAAAGCAGAAGCAGCUGAGAGAAGAGAAAAAGGAAAAACGCAAGACCGUCAAAGGCGAACGUCGUCGGUAGCGAGGCAUUGACAAGCAAUAUCAUCUUAAAUCCCUAAAUUCCCUUUUCCUUUUCUUUGAAAAUAAAAUCUCCCGCCAAUGUAGACUUUUUCUUCCCACAAAAUAUUCCCCAGUUUAAAUUUCGGUUGUCCCAUGAUAUAUCACUUUUAGAUCAGUAGAAGAGCCUGUAGAAAUGGAAAUAUACUUUAUUUUUGUUUUAAA